AUGCGCAGUGGACACGAUAUGUCGCCCCUUCUCCAUAUCAUCAUAACUGCCCUCUUCGCGCAAACUGCUCUGGGUCUCGUACCAGCGGGCUACACACCCAAUGGCAAACCGAUCUUCCAAGCACCUCCCGGGAGCUCUAUUCAACAAUCUGGGAAAGAUUUCGAUGUCUUUGCACCAAAUGGGACCCUCAUACACGUUUUCGAAGGCGCUCACACUGGCAAGACUCGGGCCCAGGGCUCGAAUUUAGCCCUUACUCGUCGUGGGGACUAUAGUCUGACUGAGGCAUUAACCAUUGUCAAUUCGUCUGACAUCAUCCAGUCUUUCGAUACAUCGUUUAUCGUUCCUCCGGAGCCUGCGGCGUUCAAUAGCCAGCUAUUCUUUUUUGGUGCUGGCAUUGGCCUAUUCAAUGAACACGACAGCAAUACCUUGUUCCCCCUGCUGCAAGUUGGACUUCAGUAUGGUGGCACAACACGGCAGGGUGGCUCCUUCUGGACAGCGGUGAUUGUGUUGGAACAAAACGACGGUUCAUUGCUGCAAAUCUCAUCCUCCAGCUCUAACCCAGUGGUCCGCGAAGGGGACCGCAUCUCUGUCUCGAUUGCCAGCGACCCAGGACAUCCACAAGGCCCAACGCCAUCCUUUUGGUAUAGGGCUGGUUUUGGGAACACUGGUCCUGCAUUUCCCUUCAAUGUUGGAAUUAUGUGGCAGCAGCUCCCUCAGAAAGCAACGUUUAGGCUGGAGGAGUUUGGUGUUACUCUACCAAACGAAUACCCCACUGGCUCCGUCACCUUUGAAGACGUAAAUCUCAGUCUCACCACCGGUCACCCGUCUAUUUCGUGGACAGCCAAUGUCGACCCUGCGACUGAUCUGACAAUUGAAGUUGAGAGGGACAGUUCAGAGAAUGCUCAGAUCGCAAUCAUCUUUCCUGAGAACAGCUGA